UCUCAGAAACAUAAGGCUAAAAAUUCUCUGUUUCGUUACUGGCGAUCCUAUGCCAGUCCAACUGACGACGCGUUUCCCUCGCGUUAUCUGCGCACCACAAACACCUCCACAGAUAACCAGAAAUGGCAAUUACUGUCAAAAUACCAAGUUCCAAGUUUCCUUCAUCAAAUCAUCUUAGAAUCCGAACCAUACCCCAAGUCGCAUCCCCUUCGUUUAUCCCUAUAUCCCAAAUCUCACCAUCCCAAGCUACAUCAAAAGCCCCUUUGAAUUCCCUCCAGAAAAGCACCACCCUUUCUGAAAACACAAAGUACAAGAUUGAGGCCACUUUACCAACCAUGACAGAGAUAUUGGAGUCCUCAAAGGCCCAGAACCUUGACCUUCAGCUCCAAACUCUCGGACCCUUUUUCAGAAUCACAGCCAAGAGCUUGGAAACCCAAAAAGAGCUUGGGAAGGCUGAGGGCCUGAUAAGGGUCUGGCUGAGAGGGAGAAUUCUUCACUUGGAUUCCAUUAGAUUGAGGAGAGAGACACUGGGAAUGGAGAAAUCAAUCUUUGGUAUUGGUUUGUUCAUUGGAGCUGUUGCUGUAAGGUAUGGAUAUGAUUGUGGUUGCAAGACAGCUGAGUUACUGGCAAUUAAUGACUCUGAUCUUUACCAUUCAAAGCUUGUUAGGUUCUACACCAGAAUUGGGUUCAAGGCUGUACAUGAAGUGACGGGUACAACAUUUGGAGAUUAUGGCCACAUGUUGGUUUGGGGAGGCAUUGGUACACGAAUGGAUGCCAAUGUUGAAGAGCUUCUUAUAAGAUGGUGCACCAGGUUUAAAUCUCGGAAGUGAUUUCACUCUGAUCCAUGUUUGAGCAGAUUUUCAUCAAGACCAUUGAUUGAAUACUUUUUCUUAUAAAUUCUUUGACGCAUAGGCCAGCUAGAGAGUUUUUGGGAAUUAUGCUUAUCCAACUGUAGAAAUUAUUAUGUGAAUGGUUGGUAGCACUGGUCCGAAGCAGUUCCCAGGCCAAUCAGUUUGUAGUUUAACUUUCUGAAUGAGUUUUACUCCAGCUAUCGAGUAUGCAACGUAAA